GUUAAACACUGUCCUAUGAAUUCAUAUACUCAUACUUAUACUCAUACAUAAACUGAUGCAUACAUAUACUGAUGCGGCCAUUACUACUUAUACAUAUACUCAACCCAUAUAAUGUAGGCUGACAUAGCCAGAUCAAGGUUCAUUGCUUGCAGACAAUCGAAUCCCAAGAUAAAGGACCCUUCGAGAGAAUGUUCCUAAAGAAACGUACAAUGAAUAUUGUGAGGAAACCGCAAAAACUGCCCAAAACCGAUGAACGUAAGCAGCAACAAGGGUCUACACUAAUGUGGCCGACCUGGCUCAAAAGAACGCAUCCUAUAUGGACACCAAAACAACAUGGGAGCACGCAAGUCUGCUUAAGCUCAAGGCAACUGAGCCAAUACUGGUCCAAUGCAUGGAUCGUUGCAAAACGAUCGAGCGACGAAAAGAGUAGCCUCCCAACCCUUCGUCUCCGCUUCCACCACUCCAUAUAUUCAAAUACAAUCAUAUACAAUCAGCAAGUAUACAAGUAUACAAUCAUAUACAAGUAUACAAGUAUACAAGUAUACAAUCAACAAUCAAUAAGUACUCAAGAGUACAAUAUCCAAAGCUUCUUCAAUUAAUUAACUAAAAAAGGCAAGUAUGCAGUACGUAAUACUGUUUAUUUGGAUAAAGUCCCAAUUUGGAAAGGCAACGAGACUUUCGCAUCU